AUGGAGAGAUACAUACAAAACACAGCUCCUGACUACUAUGAAGGUGCAGCAGAUUUUACCCCAUCAAUCACAGAAAAAUUCCAGGAACUUCUUGCAAGUCAUGAGAGGAAUUAUCCUUCAAAUAUAACUUCAUCAAUUGAUUCCACUGGAGCUCAAGAAGAUGAAUGUUCUAUUUAUAUGGGUUGUGCUGGGAAUUUAUUUAUGUACUGGAGGCUAAGCCAGACUUCAGAAAUUUAUGAGCAUAAUCUGAAUAUUGCGUUGGGAGCUGCUUUAAGGGCAUGUGACGAAAUAGAAAUUCAUAGUGAUCCGAUUACGUUUUUAAUGGGAAAGGUCGGGAUUUAUACACUUCAAGCUGUGAUUAAUAGGGAUAGAUUUGCGGUACAAAAAGUUAUUGAAGCUGAACAAUUGGCAUAUGGCCGCAAAGCUGAAGAUGAGCUGCUUUAUGGGAAUGCAGGAUAUUUGUAUUGCUUGCUAGUUAUUCAGAAAUAUUGGCCUGGAAGCCCUUUUGUUCAAAUUAUCAAUGAAGCUGUUAGAAGAGUCGUUGAAGCACUUAUAAAAUCUGGGAACCAAAAUGGAGAGCUUCAUUAUUCAUUUCCACGUGGCGCAAGUAGAUAUUUACUCCAUUAAUUUUAAGCUGAAAUAAAUAAUAAAUAUUUAAAUACAAAUUCUCAUUUAUAUCCAUAUAAAUCAGCACGAAGUUAGGUGGAGCUCAUGGUACGAUUGGAAUUAUUCACAUUCUUUUGCAAGCAAGAUCAAUCAUUGGACCAUCAUAUGACCAGCUUUUAAUUUCAAGCAUAAAUGCAGUUUGCAACCUACAGUUUGAGUCUGGCAAUUUCCCAAUAAUUGAAGGCCGCAACGAAGACAAGCUCGUUCAUUUUUGCCAUGGGGCUGGCGGAGCAGUCCCAAUGCUUUGUCUCGCAUACGAUAUUUUUAAAAAUCCCCAAUAUCUUGACAAAGCAAUCAGAGCUGGAAACUGCAUAUGAAAUCGUGGCUUAUUAAAAAAAGGAGGCGGGAUUUGUCAUGGAUUUUCUGGAAAUGCAUAUGCUUUUAUAAAACUUUACAACUUAACUCAAAAAAAGAAAUGAAUCUAUAGGGCACAAGUAUUUGCUUAUAAAUUACUUAUUGAUCCAGAAGUAAUGCAAGAAAUAGCAGCAUAUGAAGACCCACAGCGAAAAAGAAUUGGAGUUCCUGAUACACCUUACAGUUUAAUGGAAGGGGAUGCAGGAACAAUUUGUUUUCUCAAUGAUUUGUUGCACCCUGAUAAAGCUUUAUUCCCUUGCUACGACAUAUAA